CGUCCACGUACACAAAAGGUGGCCCAGCAGAUGUACUACGUCAUGCUUGCCAGCGUUUCCAGAUGCCUAGUAGAAGUCGGUGCAUUUCUCCCGGAUAGAAUACUUACGCACAUAAGUCAAGGUCUAUAUAUUCCGAGACCGUGACCACCGAAACACUGCCUAGACGAGCAAUUGCUACAUCACUAAAAGAUGGCCGACACCAGCGAGCAGCAAAGCAGCUUGAAACAAUUCCUAGCAUCGAUAGCCACAAUCAAGGGCGACUUGUCCACGAUAACAGCACCUCCUUUCGUACUAGCCAACAAGUCUACCACAGAAUUCCCACGAUACUGGAUCGAACAACCAGCGCUCUUUACUGCACCAGCUCACGAAGAAGAUCCUGCCAAACGAAUUCUUGCGGUGCUGAAAUGGUUGUUGGCAAGUCUCAAGUCUCAGCAGUACGCUGGCCGACAGCCGAACGAAGGCGUCAAGAAACCAUUGAACGCCUUUCUUGGCGAAGUCUUUAUUGGCGACUGUGGGCCUGAGGACGAUGAGACGCAUCUGAUUUCGGAACAAGUCAGCCAUCAUCCACCUGUGACUGCAUGCUAUCUGUGGAACGAUAAACAUGGUGUGCGAGCAGAAGGUUAUACCAGACAGGACAUUCGAUUCACCGGAACAGUCAACAUCACCCAAAUAGGCCACGCAAUCUUACACCUCGAUGAACUCAACGAAGACUACCUCAUCCCUCUACCCGACGUAAAAGUGCAAGGCAUCCUGACCGGAAGUCCUUACCCCGAACUCCAAGGCUCUCAUUCCAUCAUCUCCUCAACCGGCUACAGAGCCAUCAUCGACUUCAGCGGAAAACGCCUACUCGGGCUGGGUGGCGAGAAGAACCACGUCCACGCCGCAGUGUACGCCCCCGAGGACAAGAAGCACAGCAAUCCAAUCUACGUGGCAGAGGGCAACUGGUCCGAAUCUUUCACAAUCAAAGACUCCUCCAACACCAUCCUCGAAACCUACAACGUCUCCACCGCCCACUCCACCCCCUUCCGCACCCUCCCCCUCGAAAAACAAGACCCCUGGGAAUCCCGCAAAGCCUGGCAACACGUCAUCGAAGCAAUCAGAACCGGAAACAUGCAAGGUGUAGCAGACGCGAAAAGUAAACUCGAAACUGCGCAAAGAGAAUUACGGAAAAAGCCGGAGACGGGAGAAGAGAAUUGGGAAGCGUUGUUUUUCAGGAAAGAUGCUGGGAAUCCUGUGGCGGAGAAGUUGUUGACUGAGGUUGGGGAGAAAUUGGAUACGGAGAGGACGGUGGGGGUUUGGAGGUUUAAUGCUGAGGCGGCGAAGGGGUUGAAGAGGCCUUGGAGGGGGGAGUUGACGCCGUAUGGAUGA